GCUUAGCAAGUCACGAGACCACAAGGCGCAGACGAGAGUGGGGUGGCGCUUUCCUCUUUAAAUGGACCGCGGCGUCUCCCCUACGCCCAUGACUCCGACGACGCAGCGGCGAAGGCCGAUUAAAGUAGCCGAGAAAAAUAGUUCACGUUUCGUUCACUUCACUCAGGAUUGAUCGAUAAAGGUUCUUGGAUCGAUCAAUUACGCAGCUGCUCUUCAAUAGUACGUAGACUUGAAACCAUUUCAAUUGCUCAAGGUGUUUAGUUUUAUGAUGGGAAAAGGAGGACAGGACGUUAGAUUUGAUGCCAUUGUGGAUCCGAUUUCAUCUGCUUUCCCUGCUUGGGCCCGGAAUAUCAAGGAGUGCGAGUUCGAGUUCAAUGUGUCCUCCGAUCGCGGUCUCCGAUCCGACGAGGUACAGCGGCGGCGCGAGGUGUAUGGAUGGAACGAGCUUGACAAGCAUUCCGGCCCCUCGGUCUGGGUGCUGGUCCUCGAGCAGUUCAACGACACUCUCGUCCGGGUCCUGCUUGUCGCCGCUGUUGUCUCCUUCGUCCUUGCUUGGUUUAAUGGGGAAGAGAGCGAGGAGACUGGUAUAACAGCCUUCGUGGAGCCCCUUGUGAUCUUUCUCAUCCUUAUUGUGAACGCCGUCGUCGGGGUUUGGCAAGAGAGCAAUGCCGAGAAGGCUCUUGAGGCCCUCAAAGAAAUCCAAUCGGACCACGCUGCUGUAAAGAGGGAUGGAGUUUUGCGGCCUAAUUUUCCGGCAAAAGUGCUUGUACCUGGAGAUAUCGUGGAGCUAAGGGUCGGGGAUAAGAUUCCUGCCGAUAUGAGAAUUCUUUUUCUGAUAAGCUCGACUCUGAGGGUAGAACAGGGGUCUCUUACUGGAGAGAGCGUUGCUGUGAAUAAAACGAACCACAAGGUUGACUCGGACGACAGCGACAUCCAGGGUAAAGAGUGCAUGGUCUUUGCAGGUACCACUGUUGUUAAUGGGAGCUGCGUUUGUUUGGUAACCCAGACGGGUAUGAACACUGAGAUAGGAAAAAUACAUGCUCAGAUUAAUGAAGCUUCCAAGAGUGAUGAUGAUACUCCAUUGAAGAAGAAACUGAAUGAGUUUGGCGAGGUCCUCACUGCUAUUAUUGGUUUGAUCUGUGCUCUGGUUUGGCUCAUCAAUGUGAAGUAUUUUCUGAACUGGGAGUAUGUUGAUGGGUGGCCUACUAACUUCAAGUUCUCUUUUGAGAAGUGCACUUAUUACUUUGAGAUAGCCGUGGCUUUAGCUGUGGCUGCCAUACCAGAAGGAUUACCAGCGGUGAUCACUACAUGCUUGGCUUUGGGCACCAGAAAGAUGGCACAGAAGAAUGCACUUGUUCGGAAACUUCCUAGUGUUGAGACUUUGGGAUGCACGACGGUAAUUUGCUCAGAUAAAACUGGUACCUUAACAACAAAUCAAAUGUCGGCAGUAACGGUUGUGGCAAUGGGACAGCAAACAAACAUGCUACGGAAAUUCAUUGUGGACGGAACUACAUAUGAUCCUCAUGAUGGUAAGAUACAUGAUUGGCCAAUUGGUACUAUGGAUACAAAUCUACAGACAAUUGCCAAAAUUGCAGCUAUCUGUAAUGACGCAAACAUCACACACUGUGGUAAUCAGUUUAUUUCCAGUGGUAUGCCUACUGAGGCCGCUUUGAAGGUUCUUGUUGAAAAAAUGGGGCUUCCAGGAGGAUAUCCGGUAUCGUCUGCUCCAUCUUUCACUAUAUUGAGAUGCUGUGAAUGGUGGAAGGGAAUUGAACAAAGGAUUGCAACUCUUGAGUUUGAUCGGGCUCGUAAAUCAAUGGGAGUGUUAGUAAAGUCAGAUAAAGGAACUAUUUCCCUACUUGUAAAGGGAGCUGUUGAAAGUUUGUUGGAGAGAAGUUCCUACAUUCAGUUGCUUGAUGGUUAUGUUGUCAGGCUGACUGAAAGUUCAAAAUCCCUAAUUUUACAAGCUGUUCACGAGAUGUCAAUAAAUGCCUUACGUUGUCUGGGAUUUGCUUACAAGGAGGAUGUUGCAGAUUUCUCUAAUUAUGACGGGGAAGGCCAUCCUGCUCAUAAGCUUCUACUUGAUCCUUCUAAUUAUGCUUUUAUAGAAAGUGAUCUCAUAUUUGCUGGUUUGGUUGGGCUGAGGGAUCCUCCACGUGAAGAAGUUUACCAAGCUAUUGAGGACUGUAAAGAAGCUGGCAUUCGAGUAAUGGUGAUAACGGGAGACAACAAAGAAACAGCAGAGACAAUUUGCCGUGAAAUAGGUGUAUUUGGGCAUGAGGAAGAUAUUAAAAUGAAGAGCCUUACAGGUAAAGAGUUCAUGGCACUCACUGAUAAGAAGUCUCUGUUGAGGAGACGUGGUGGGCUUCUCUUCUCGAGGGCUGAGCCAAAGCAUAAACAAGAGAUUGUGAGAUUGCUUAAAGAAGAUGGGGAGGUCGUCGCAAUGACCGGUGAUGGAGUGAAUGACGCUCCAGCCCUAAAAAUGGCUGAUAUUGGUAUCGCAAUGGGCGUUGCUGGGACUGAGGUUGCUAAGGAGGCUUCGGAUAUGGUCUUAGCAGAUGAUAAUUUCAGUACAAUAGUUGCUGCUGUUGGUGAGGGAAGAUCUAUAUAUAACAAUAUGAAGGCCUUCAUAAGGUAUAUGAUUUCCUCAAAUAUUGGUGAAGUUGCUUCCAUAUUCUUAACAGCAGCCCUGGGUAUUCCGGAAGGGCUGAUUCCAGUUCAGCUUUUGUGGGUUAAUCUCGUCACAGAUGGCCCUCCUGCAACUGCUUUAGGAUUCAAUCCACCUGAUAGGAAUAUCAUGAAGAAACCACCUCGAAGAAGUGAUGAUUCACUUAUUAGCGCCUGGAUUUUAUUCCGUUAUCUGGUUAUUGGUCUCUACGUUGGCAUUGCUACAGUUGGUGUCUUCGUCAUAUGGUAUACUCAUGGUUCAUUCCUGGGUAUCAACUUAACCGGCGAUGGCCACACUCUAGUUACAUAUCAGCAGCUUUCCAACUGGGAUGAAUGCCACACAUGGGAGGACUUCAAGGUCUCCCCUUUCACUGCCGGCUCACUUAACUUCUCCUUCCAUUCAAACCCCUGUGACUAUUUCCAAUCUGGCAAAGUAAAAGCUAUGACUCUGUCCCUCUCCGUCCUCGUCGCCAUCGAGAUGUUCAACUCCCUAAAUGCCCUUUCUGAGGAUGUUAGCCUCCUCAGAAUGCCACCAUGGGUGAAUCCAUAUCUCCUUCUAGCCAUGUCUGUUUCAUUUGGCCUGCAUUUUCUAAUAUUGUAUGUGCCGUUUCUCGCACAAGUCUUUGGAAUUGUGCCACUUAGUCUCAAUGAGUGGUUGCUGGUGCUCGCUGUGGCAUUUCCUGUCAUCCUUAUUGAUGAAGCUCUUAAGUUUGUUGGACGGUGCAUUCACUCCAAAGGCUUUGAGAGGCAGCGUUUGAAGCAGAAAGAGAACUGAAGGCCAGCUCUAGCAAUGGACAGGUAAGGUUUUUCUUAUGGCUUAUAGUAAUUACUGUAACGGUCACGCAAAAUCUAGUUAGCAAGCAAUCUGUUCUGUUCUGCACAAUCAGAUUUUGGGCCAGUUACUGAACUGAGAUACAAGAAGCUUGAUCUUGGGAUAAUAGGCUGGAGAAUAUGGAUGAUAUUCAGGCAUAGUUUAUAUUGUAAAUGCAAUGGUGUGUCAAAUACAAACUAUAGUUAAAUUUACUAAGGAAAUUUAGCAAUGAGCUGUGCUUUAGCUUUUUACGGCAUACUUAGGCUUCGUUUGGGACAACUUUCUUACUGCUUCUUAAAGCAAUUUUUUAAUGCAAAAUUUUUUUGUACUUGAAUGCUGCUUUAAAGCAGUAAAAAAAUCGUCCCAAACGAAACCUUAGUUUGAAAGAAUCUAAGUGAGAAUGUAAUUGUAUUAUACUUUAUAAUUAUGUAUUGAGUGUUUGAUUUCAAUCUAAUUAAUUUGUAAUUUAGGAUUCUUUUGGGCCAA